UCAAAUGAACCGAUCUUGUAGAAACACUGGAAUCAUUUAUGCAUUGCAGUUUCUCUUUCUUGUUUUCGCUCCUUCUUCUCUGGGAUAUUUUGAGUGGAUUGUGGCUAUUAAUCAAGAUCUCGUGCUAGUCGUGGUUUCCUUGUCGUUUUCGCUCAGGAUUAGCAUCAUUCAAGGCAAACGCAAAGCUGCUUCACGCCCCCCCACCACUCUUUUUUGAAAAAUCAUUUUUGGGGGCUGCUGAAGAGAGCUAGGACCCAGGAGACACCUUCCCAAACAGCAGGGGUUGUGUGCUUUCACAUAGCAGUACUGUACAAGGAAAACCCCGUCGGAUCGGUUAUUGCGGGAUACUUGUGAAAUAUACAUAGGAUUCUUUCAUAUGGCUGCAUCCCGGAUCUGGAAAUUUUACUUGGGGACCAAGAGGAUUUGAAAGGCUACGUGUAUACAGAAGAUUUGCAAGCAAGACUCCGGUUCUUGUCGUAGAGCUCACAGACUUCCUUACUUACCGGCCUUUUUCCUUCCUUCUUUUAAAAAUUUUCUUCCCUCUUUUUCUGCCCUCUCCCCUCUCAGUCUCUCCUUUUCUAUCUGCCUCUUCUUUUUUUCUCCUAGUUUUCUUUUUUCCCCUGCUCUGCACCUGGAUUGUAUCUUCACCAAACAAUCGGGCACUUUGAGAACUAACUGGAGGCAGCCUUGUAGGGAAGAGCUGUAUGGAAUUAUCUGCUUUUAUGGUGAACUUGGCAUUUGUGAAUGGGUAUCUUGUUCACGAUAUUAAUUGCUAGCAAAAACAAGAAAAAGAGCACAGGAGUAAAACGUGGAUUUUUCUGAAUUCGCAUUGUGAUGACCAGCAAUUACAUUACCGACUGAUAUCCAGAGGAGAAUAAUUUGGAAGACUCUUGUGGGGAACAGCCUUUAAGAGCUGGAAGAUGAAAGCUCCGAUUCCUCACUUGAUUCUCUUAUAUGCUACUUUUACUCAGAGUUUGAAGGUAGUGACCAAAAGAGGUUCUGCCGAUGGAUGCACAGAUUGGUCUGUCGAUAUCAAGAAAUACCAAGUUUUGGUGGGAGAGCCUGUUCGCAUCAAAUGUGCACUCUUUUAUGGUUAUAUCAGAGCCAAUUACUCCCUAGCCCAAAGUGCUGGACUCAGUUUGAUGUGGUACAAAAGCUCUGGUCCUGGAGACUUUGAAGAGCCAAUAGCCUUUGAUGGAAGUAGAAUGAGCAAGGAAGAAGACUCCAUUUGGUUCCGACCAACGUUACUGCAGGACAGUGGUCUUUAUGCCUGUGUUAUCAGAAACUCCACUUACUGUAUGAAAGUAUCCAUCUCACUGACAGUAGGCGAAAAUGACACUGGACUCUGCUACAAUUCCAAGAUGAAGUACUUUGAUAAAGCUGAACUUAGCAAAAGCAAGGAAAUUGCCUGCCGUGACAUAGAAGACUUUUUGCUACCAAGCAGAGAACCUGAAAUACUGUGGUAUAAGGAAUGUAGGACAAAAACAUGGAGGCCAAGUAUAGUAUUCAAAAGAGAUACGCUGCUUAUAAGAGAAGUCAGAGAAGAUGACAUUGGAAAUUAUACAUGUGAGUUAAAAUAUGGAGGCUUUGUUGUGAGAAGAACUACUGAACUAACUGUUACAGCCCCUCUGACAGAUAAACCACCCAAGCUGUUGUAUCCUCUGGAAAGCAAACUGACAAUUCAGGAGACCCAGCUGGGUGAGUAA